UUAUUCUGAAGUCCUGACCGGAAGUGUUGUGCGGCCACAGAGAGCGCAGGUAGCACAGCCGGCUAACGAGCGACUCCUCUGCUGCUGGAGGAAAACAACCAAGUCCCCGCCGGUGGGGACGCGUGUCAUCAUGGCUCUGCUGCUGUGUCGACCGUGACAACUCACGACAACAUGAUGAACGACAUCCUAGAGGAGCCGGAGAGGGACAACCUGCUCGAAGCGCACCCGGAGCCACAAGUCCUGUCGGGGCCCAGUAAUGGCACAAGACCUAAGACCGCUGAUGGAGCGAUCAGGCCGCUGGAGAAAAGAGGACCUUACAUCAUGUCCAGAGUUCCAGCAAUCCACCUCAAACUACAGAAACACAGGGAGAUGGCAAGGAAGGCCCUGAAGAAGAAAGCCCUCUCACCGGGACCUCCAGUGAUUCAUCAGCCCAGGCAAGGAGCCAAGAGGACGGUGAAGUAUAACAAGGGCUACGCUGCUUUGAGUCAGCACGCUGAGGACCCUUUGGUUGCAGUGGACUCAGACAGCGAUGAAGAGAUCGAUUUUGAGCAGUAUUCCUCAGGAUACUCUUCCGCUGAGGUCCAUCCUGAUUUAAGCAAGCAGCUUCUCCAGGACGGCUACCGCCUGGACGAGAUCCCCGACGACGAGGACCUGGACCUGAUUCCGCCCAAAGCCAUGGGCUCCUCCGUGUGCUGCUGCUCCGAGGGCCCGUCCUGCUCCAUGCAGUGACGCCCGGCGCCGUGACUCCGACCUUUAUAAAGGUUAGGCACCAGUUCCUGUCCUGGACUUUAGUCACCGGUGCCUGAGGCCCUCUCUUUCUCUCUAACCCAGCUCCGCCGCUGUGCUGCCUGAGGACUUUCAGCUGUAAAGCCAAACCCCCCGUUCAUGCAGGACCACGUGCACCGAGAACGCUCAACCCACGUGAAAAAAACGCGGACGGACACAAGAACAAGCCUUAUUCACUGUGACCCCAAAGCUUGACCUAUUUUUUUGUUUGUUUUGAUCUUCAUGAAAUGCUAAUUAUGCCCAUGCACCAAAGGCAGUGGUUGUGCACAUGAUGGGAUAGGUCCUCAUUGAACCAAUGGGGAGAUAGUUACUGUCUUUUCCCGCUACGGCAAACAGGUCUGCAGCCACCUAAAGCAUUACAUGCUUACAUGUUGUGCUUUAACACUCAACCAUUGGCAACAUUUAUAUUUUCCAGUUGUUAACUAACUGCUAUAUGAAGGCACCUCACAUUAUCAUUAACUUCCCUGACUAUUGUUGCAUUAACUGGAUGUUAAUCUGUUUUUCUUUAAUGUUUCUGUCUUCAAAAAUUCCGAUGACAUCUAGUCUAAUGAAAAGAACAACUAAAUGAUAUGUUUUUUUAAAAUAUAAAGCAGAGCACUACAUUGAAAUAGAACUUGAGAUAAUUGAGUGAAACCACUUAAUUUUUUCAAAGCACACGUGUAGUUAUUAUUUUUUUCAGCUAAAAUUGCUAUCUCCAAAAACCUGAAAUGAAGUGUUGGAGAGAAGCCUGGCCCAGGAUUAUCUUCUGCUCCUCCCAUAUUGUUUUUAUCUGUGACUGAGAAGACAAAGAGUUUAUUGGUCUUUACAAGCUGUCAGACGGCUACAUACCAAGAAGAGAGUUGUCCUUCAAAGUGAUCCACCUUUUCUAAGAGUACCAAACGUUACACUGCUGUGUAAGGCACAGACGUGUAAGCAAUUGAGUUACUUACGUGCUUUGACAGAGGAACCAAUUUAAUUUACAAUCUCUGUAUUGUAUAAAUAAAUUUAACUCCAGAAACUUGUUAAGGAAAAAAGCUGUUACAAAAAAGAGUCAAAAGCAAAAUAUAUUUAAAAUCCUCAUAAAAGUGAUCUUGUCAUCUUAAGACAUUUGUGUAUUUGGUUCGAUAUCUAAUAUGUUUCUAAUUUAAAUUUCCCCUUUUUUUUAGAAAAAACUAUUUCGGUUGGAUGGUAAGAAUUUGAAAAAAUAGAUUUUAUUGAUUAUAUUGUCGGUCAUCUUAACUGCAUCAAGAGUGUGUGGAGGGCAGAUUUGAAUUACAAUACUUUAUUUAUUUAUUUAUAAGUAUACUCAUUUGAGACACUAGAUGUAGUUACAGCUCCAAACCAGUAAACCACAUUUGCAUAAGGAUUAAGGUAUUUGUCUACACUUGUUUUUUGCUACCCAUAUUUACAUCAGUUGGUGUUUGUAUUAUUUCCUGUUUUUUUUGUUGUGGUGUCUGUUACCAUCUUCUACACAAUAUACACAGAUGUGCUGAAAAUGGCAGUACUUUUUCUUUUCACACAAAAAUUGUAUGUGUUCAAUCUUGUUGCAGUCUGGGUCAUACUUUAUUUUUUAUUCAUUAACAAAAAAAAAAAUCAAUAUCAGAGCAAGUGACUGAUCAAUUUUACCCUGUGUGUAUGACUGUGAGACUAGAAAGUUAUUUGCCUUUUACGCAAAUUUGUAAAAUAAACACUAAGUUUAAAGAUUGCACAACUGUUUUAGUGCAUAGAGGAUAAAGUCAGGAUAAAUGGGUGGCUGCUGUUUCACAUACCUGCAGGCCACACGUAACUCUCAGUCAUAUAAAUGAACGCUAUAGCAGACCACUUGACCGCCAUAAAGAAUUACAAUGACAGAAAGGAGUAUGAUAUUUUGUGUUUGGAAAAAAGUAGGAAACUCGAUUUGUCCUUCCAAGAGUCCGAAUUAGUUCACAAAUUAUGUGAAAGACUUUGUUGUUGAAAAAUGUUACAUUAUCAUCAUGAGUGUUUUUCCUCUCUCCAUUCCUCCAUUGUUCUAAUGCGGGUGAUAUAGAAAUAAAAGUGGAUUCUGCUAUUACACUAAGUGUGACUCACUUGAUACAAGUGUGAGGUAAAUGCUUUAAAUGCGACCGCUGUAUUUAAAGUGUAGCGACCCCUGGCCCUGGAUCUGCACCAUGUUUCUCUGUACACAAAUAUUGCACUUAACACCAGUGGUCAGUAGCAAGUACACUUGACUCACCUGUACUAUGCAAUUAUUUGGACAAUCUGCUUGUUAUACAGCAUUGUGACAAUGUCGUGUUAUUGAGUGCUUAAUGCAAUAACUCAGUUAUUUUACGAUGGUUAACACUAACCUUUUUAUUUUUAUUUGAUUGUACUGUUUAUUGGUUUACAUUAUC